UUGGGUCAAGAUGGAGGGGUUCACCCUGGUGUUUGGUGAAAAUCUGUGAAAAGUUUUGAAAAUAAAGCUUUUCAAUACAUGCAUCUUUCAUCAGUUGCAGUUAUUUUUGCAUACUGGUGAGAAUGAUGAGCUGGUUAGACCAUACAGUAAGACGGGCCAUCCCUUUAAAAUUUUUCUACAAAGGGUUCGGCAAACCUGAAAGUCUUAAAAGAAUGUUACUUUUCAGACUAGAAUUAUCUGACAGGGAGAAAUGCAUAAAACUUGUAGACAAAAACCAUCAAGUUAAUAUUAACAAAAAAUAUGAGACAGGAAGUCUUCUUGUCUUUGAUGGUCAUUUUACAUCACCAUUUCCACAUCACUUGCCUGGUCUUCUGCCCAAGGAAUCUGAGAUAGCUCGGUUUCAAAUGAUUUUGCCGAAGAAGUGGAAAACAAACAACAAGCCAGUGUGUAUUAUGUUGCCACAAACUGGAGAUCAUAGUUAUGUAGUGAGGAGGCAAAUCAUGUCUAAGCCCUUGGCAGAACAAGAUGGCAUAGGAUCCAUAUUGCUGGAAAUGCCAUUUUAUGGGUCCAGAAAACCUCCAGAACAGAAGCUUUCUCAUCUGCAGUAUACACUGGACCUUUUUGUGAUGGGAGGAGCAUUGAUUCUUGAGUGUCUUGUACUUGGCAACUGGCUGGAGAGAGAGGGGUAUGGCCCUUUGGGUCUUUAUGGAGUAUCUCUGGGCGGAUAUAUGGCUGCAUUAGCCGCCAGUAAUUGGCCCAAACCAAUUCCUUUGGUGUCUUGUCUCUCUUGGAGUACAGCAUCAUCUGCAUAUACUCAGGGUGCAUUAAGCAAAGCUCUACGCUGGAAUCUGCUAAAGGAGCAGUAUAGUGCCAACAGUAUUUAUAAAGAUCUGUGGAAUAUAAUACAAUCACCAGAGAAGCUGAGGAGAAAUUCAGCACAAAUACUCCAGUCAGAUACAGAGUCCCUUAAAACACAGACAGCAUCUGAGACUCUCAACACGAAAAGAAAAGGAAAAUUUUACAAUCUAGAUGAACAGACGAGAGACUUUAUGGCUGGACUCAUGGACCACUGCACUCAUUUGGGAAAUUACAGUGUACCUGUUGAUCCCAGCCUGGCCACCUUCGUAGUGGCCAAAAAUGACCAGUAUAUACCCAGGGAUAGUGUCUGUAGUGUUGAGGAGGUGUGGCCGGGGUGUAAGAUCAGAUAUAUUAACGGUGGACACUUGUCUGCUUCAGUUGCAUUUCAUAUAUACAGACAAAUCAUUAAGGACACCUUUGACCAGCAGAUGACACAAUAUGAUACUGUUAACAACAGCCAAGGAAUAAAGCUGACAUGAAGGGAACUGCAGACUUGCCAUUUUGAAAUUAAUUCUACAUCAGAUAAAAAAAGGGAGAGAUUGUAUUUGUUGACAACACCUUAUUUUAUUUAUCUAUUUAUUUAUUUAUUUAUUUUAUUUUAUUUUUUUUUUUUUUGGGGGGGGGGGGACAAUUACCAUGAAAUAUUUCUCAGGUCAAGUCUUUUAUGAUGAGUGUGAAAACUUAUCUUUGUCUUCAGAGUAAUUAGAUGGCUGAAAUAGAAGAAAUGGUAAAUGAAAUGGUAAAUUGGUAAAUGAAAAAAAAUGUUUUUUUUUCUACAAAAAUUCUGUUUGGCUAAAAUGAUAGUAAAUGGUAAGCAAAAGCAAAGAGUAGUAAGAGUGAACUUAACAUUUUUAGUACUGGAUGCUCUAAAAAGCUACAAACUAUGCACAGGUGUGCCCUCUCUUCACUGACACAAUUCUUGUUAAAAGCAUGUUUUCUUUCUCAGUUUAGCAUGUAUUUUAUGAGACUAGGUAUUUUUUGGUGGAGUGACUUAUCUCCCUCCUGAAAGAAUUCAGUGGAGAAAUCCACAGCUGUGCUCAGUAAUAUAAAGUGUGAUAUUUUACUGCAUUUGUAUCAACAUGCACAUAGGAUAUUUAUUUUUUACUGAAUGACUUUUACAUCAGGUAUUGAUAAAGUGGUGCCUAAUAAAGAACAGCUGUUUUGUUUA